AUGACAGAAUUUAAGCAAUGUAUGACAAUAGUUGAGAAAAUAGAUAAGAGGAUCAAAGAUUACUUGCUGAACAUUGGAUACAACAAAUGGUCGCGUGUGCAUGCUGAAGUUGUAGAGACAAAUAAAUAUGUGUAUACGGUACUUGAUGGUAUUACACAAUUCACAGUUUGUCUUCACCAACGUACAUGCACAUGUGGGAGAUUUCAAUUGGAUGAGUUGCCAUGUCCACAUGCUUUGGCUGUUUUAACAAUAAAGCACACUGGUUAUGAGAAAUAUUGCUCUGAUUACUAUACAAGAAAAAAUUUAUUGCUGACAUAUCAGUUUCAAAUGGAUCCCCUGCCAGAUGAAAGCACAUGGAACACACCAACACAUGUUCUUGAAGAGGUUGUACUUCCACCUCAUGGAAAGAGACCUCCGGGAAGACCAAAAAAUAAAAGACAUUCACAACUGAGAGAAGAUGGAUUCAAGAAGGCGAAAAUUACAUGCAGCAACUGUGGACAACAAGAUCACAACAGGAAGACUUGCAAAAAUGUUAGGCCUUAUGAUCAAGAAUAA